AUGGAUGAGAGAGGCGCCGACAAAGCCAAAGCGGAGAUUGCUUUGCAAGCGCGUUUCAAUGAGAAGAAUAAGAGGUCGAAAGGAAAAUUUGCGGCGAGAGGUAAAUCAAAUUUUCAGAAUUUUGGUUCAAAUGAUUCGCAAAAUUUAAAGCAUUCGACGAGUGAAAAGGGUGAAAGUAGCUCCAAGGAUAGUGGUCAUAACAAUGGUUUCAAGAAGCGUGAUGUGAGUAAGGUGCAAUGCUACAAGUGCAGAAAGUUUGGACACUUUGCAAAUUCGUGUCGUGGUAAAUCGAAUGAGAAUCACAAUAAUGAAGCCAAGGUUGCUAGGGAAGAGGUAGAUGAUGAGGACACACUUCUAGUAAUGAUCACGGAGGGGAGUUAUGGCAUUACAGAUGUUCCGAGUAGCAGCUACUGUAGUAACAAUUUGCAGGACAACAGCUGUACCGUUCCGGAAAAUAGCGAGAAAAUGCAUUCGGAUCGAAAUGCAUUGGUUACCGUUCGUGAUGGAGUCCAAGGGAGAGAUGAGUGGUACUUGAAUUUCGGUUGUUCAACACAUAUGACGGGUCGAAAAGUUUGGUUUGUGCAAAUCAAUCAAGCGGCAAAAAGUAAAGUCAAAUUUGCCGACGACACCAAUUUAAGUGCCGAAGGGGUAGGAGAUGUUUUGAUCGAAAAAAGGAAUGGUGGACAUUCGAGGAUCAAAGAUUUCUUGUAUAUACCAGGAAUUAAGUGUAAUCUUUUAAGUAUUGGCCAAUUACUUGAAAGAGGAUACACAAUUCGGUUGGAGGACAAGAUUUUACGCGUUUUGGAUUCAAACAGUGUGUUGAUUCUAAAAGCGCCGAUGGCUGCUAACAAAACUUUUAAGGUUGAGUUAAAGGUUAACGAGCAUCGUUGUCUAGCUACCUCCGCAAGUAGAGAUGGUAACGGGGCUGCCACACAUUAG